UUGGCCCAAAAAAGGGCCGGGAGACGUUGUUUGGGCAAGAAUAAAACAGAAACCUAACAAUUUGGUCAUCCAAAAGAAAUAAAUUUUUUUUUUUAAAAGCAAGUUAAAAACAAGAAAAGGGAACCCCAAGCUCGUCAUCUCUCUACGGACAGUGACAAAAAGUGAAAAAAAAAAAGGAAAAACCAUGGCCCACGGUGGCUACGGUAAGCGGCGCGUGGCGGAGGGGAAGCGCGUAGGUCGGCGAUCAAAAGGAACAGGUGUAGACAAGAAACCAAAGCCCAAAGCCGUCUCUCUCAGGAACCAGAUACGCUCCACUGAACGCAUGUUGCGAAAGGAUCUUCCGCCUGAAGUCAGAGAGGCUCAAGAAAAGAAAUUACAAGGGCUUAAGAAACAACAAGAAAUCCAUACGCAACUCGCUGUGGAACGAAAAAUAUUCUUGAAGGACCGAAAGAUUAAGUUUUUUGAGAGGAGAAAGAUAGAAAGAAGAAUAAGGCGUUUGGAGAAGCUGCAACGCACUUCAUCUGGUCAGGCACAAGACGCAGAGAUUGCCCAACAGCUUUCUAAAUUGAAGGAGGAUCUUGAAUAUGUUAGGUUUUUCCCCAAGACUGAGAAAUACAUAUCUUUAUUUACGGGGGGUGAUGAUUCAGAUGUAGUUGAUAGGAGAAAUAGAAUGCGGAAGCAGAUAAAAGCCAGCUUAGUUGCUGCUGCUGCCUGUGGGAAAGACUUGGAAGAGACAGGGAGUGAGGAUGAUGGGCUGUUGGAUUUGAGUGAUGAUGAUUUCUUUUUGACCGGAACCUCAAGUGAUGAAGCUGAUGCAGAUGAUGAAUGGACGGAUAAAAGUACCAGGGAACAGGCUUCUAGUGCUUCUGGCAAAGCAGCAUCUGGCAUGUCUAGUGAUGAGAGGAAUCAGAGACAGGUUUCUGCCAGAGCUUUAAUGCUGCCCCCUAGGCCAUCAGCUAAUUCAUUUUCAAAUUCAGUUCGUGCAAAAUCAAGGUUUGGAUCUUCAUCUAGCCGAAAUUCAUCUGUACAAAGAGCUGAAAUGUCCACAUCUAGCAACACAUCGAAUAGCAGAAGUGGUUCUUCCUUUGAGGCAGGGGGGUCCUCAAAUUCAAAGACAGGAAACGGUAGUAAUUUAAGUUCCAAUUCUGAUGCUUGCAGACCAUGGAGAAAGAGGAGACCAAAAAAGAGAAAACAACAGAUUGAUUCUUUAGACACACUGGCUUUACUUGGAGAUCGAGAACACUUUACUCCCUCUGUUGAUUGGAUUGGUAAAAAUCUUCAGUUUGAUAUAGGCAUGAGAAUCCCUUCUUAUGACAAUCAAUUACUUGACCUAGCUGAAGAUCUGGCUCGGAGGUUAUUACCUGCAUUUGACACUCCUACAGUUUUGAGCAAGUUACAAAGGAUGCUGUUUGGGGCCUAUGGGCCUGCCGUUCAAAGCUUAAUUUAGUUGGUGCUCACAUCAAUGUGUUUACUGGUGAAUGGACACAGAAGGUAUCCUGCUGUUUACCAUUAUUGCAUGGUUAAGGGCCUUGUAAGUUUCUGUUGUUGUAUUAGCUACAGUGGGAUGUUCUUCAUAUUAUUUAUUAGUUGGAAAAGGAUUAAAUCUUUCUGUUGCUGUUGCCUCUAUUGAGUCAUUUUUUCACUAUAUGUGAAGUCUUUUCUGGAAGAAAGAUGGUCAGUUUUGAGCUUCUUUUGAUGCAGCCUUCAUUUAUUCUUUUAGAAAAUUAUUUUCCUAUCUUCUAAUUCUAUUUUGAAACUUUUUUUUUAGUACUUAUGAAAGGACAAGUCGAGAAUUAAUAUUUUCCUAGGUUGUAUUUCUCUUGCAAAUUGCCUUAUUCAUAUGCAGUAAUUGAAUAAGAAUAACUCACAUAAUUAAGAAUAUCCAUUAAACCAGAAACUGAACUGCUGUUUCACUCAUUAACCUAUUGACCUCCUACUGGACCCAUCUUCGUUGGCGUUCCAUUGCUCCCAUCUACAUUUUGAAGGAAACAAAUUUAGCCAAUCUAUAUCUGGCCAGAUGGAAUUGAUUUUAUGCUAUUUUGCAGGAUGCUGGAAUAGGGACAAGCGUUGACUCCUUCUAUGAGUAUUUUCUGAAGGUCUGUCUCACGACUUGAAAUUCUUGUACCUCAUAACUUGGCGAUCACAAUUUAGUAAUAAAGAAAACAUUUUUCCUUUCUUGAUAUCUUUUCAGGCAUAUUUAUUGUUUGGAGAUGAAGAGUAUUUGUUCAUUUUCCAAGAAGCAUACAAUGCUGCUAUUUACCAUCUUUACAAUGAUCCUUGUUAAAAACUUGUGCUGUUGUGCACCACUUUGUAUGUAGAGGUCAAUAUGGAUUCUGUGUGCUAUUGUCUGGUCAUUAUUUAGCAGUUUGCAGGCCUUUUGGCCAGGGCUUCAGGUCUUAGCAGAGGAUAUGGAUCCUGCUAUUCAAACACAUUCUGCCUUCUUCAGUGUCUGGAAAAGAUAUGGUUUCACUUGUGAGGGUUUUAAUCUUGCUACACGUAGUGUUCAGGUAUCUGAAUCAUAAUAUUGUACUACUUUUAUCAUUGUCAUUGAGGGUUUCAAAUUAGAAUUGUACUAAUUUUUUGACUACCUCAGGAAAACUUAAAUAUGUCGUGUUCUCAAAGUAUGCUGUUUCUGAAAUAGGUGAAUUUGCUCUAUGAUGUUUCUUAUUUAAAAUCUUAAACAUACCACCACUGGAAGUUCUGUAACUUGUGUUGCCUGAUAACUUUGUUUCUUUUUUAGAAAAAAAAAAUUUUAUGUCACACUAAUACCAUGUUUCUUUGGCAGCAUAAGAAAAAGAGUUACCCCUUGCUUCCAGACUUAAUACAAAGCACAUAUUGGAUCUCUAUCCAAAUUAUACGAUGUUUCUUUUGGCAGCAUGGGAAAAGAGUUAUCCCUUGCGUCCUGAGUUAAAAGAAAGCACAUAUUGGCUCUACAAAGCUACCAGAGAUCCCAGGUCAAUAUGAUUGACUUUUAUUUAUGUGCCCUUUCUAACUUUUUCCACUCCUACUUUUGAACAUCUUCACUUACAGUUAUUUGGAAGGGGUCAAUUUUGCAACAUCUAACCUUUAGCAGUUUCUUUCUAUAACUGGAGUAAUUUUAAAGGGUGAAAGGAAAGCACUCUGUUUAUAUGUUAAGUUAAAUAUCUCAUUUAUCCACUAGUUGAUGUUGUUUCUGAAAGGCUUUAUUGUUUCAGGAUUACAAAAAUGCUGGCAUGGCUUCCUUUCUCUCCAAUUUUUGGAAGCAAUUAAUGUCAGCUAUUUAUGUCAGCUUUAAAUAUUGAAGGAAUACCCUUUUCUGAAGAUAAAUUGUAUUAGAAGCCGAAAUUGCUGAAACUUAAUACAUAGAAAAAAGGGAAACGUAAAAGGAAUAAAACCGAUGCCUAAUAUCAUGACAUUUAACAGCAGUAACUUAAGAUAUUGCAUAAAAUGAAUGUGGAAAAUAAAACUGACUUGCUACAUAACCUAUUUUAUCAAACAAAGAAUACUGUUAAUGAGAGUGGAUGGCUAUCCCUGCUGCUAUUAGAUGUUUUCCAUUUACCUUUUCUGCUCAUGGUAACUAGAAUAAUUUUUGUUGUAUUUCCCCACUCUAGUAAAGUGUAAGUGUAUGGAUAUUUUCCACUGUAGAUAUCUGGAUGCUAUGCAAAGCAUGGUUGCUAGCUUGCAAUAUGGGGCAAGAUGCAGUUGUCGUUAUUGUCAUAUAUCAGAUGUUGAGUUUCACAAGAGGGAAGAUCACAUGGAGAGCUUUUUCCUGACAGAAACAGUAAGUAAGAAUUUACACGUAUUUCAUCUGAAUUGGUUGUUUCCUUAAAUACAACUUGUUGUAGAUGGGGGACAAGACUAGAUUUCAGGAUUUUGUUUGGUUUGAAUUUGACCCAAUUUGACCUGUGGAUGGUUUUUGGUACCCUCAAUCAUGUUCUCCUUUCCUUUCUAGUAUAAUCUUGUAUGUAAUUAUUAGUUGAAAUAUUUGUGGCUCCUUUUUGAUUUGGCUGUGGCUCCAGACAACCUUGUUGAAAGUGGACCAUACAAGUGUAUGGUCGGCACUGAGUGCCAUUUAGUGGCUGCAACUCCUCGAAUAUCUCUAUCAUGAGAGCAUUGUUCUUAUUUUGGGGCUUACUGUAACUGUGAUGACUUUAAACAAGAGCCUCAUGCAUCAGAUAUGUCUGCUGAUUCUCUACAAGCUAAUGGUAGCAGAGCUUCUAGGGGUUGGGUUCGCACUGGGUUUCCAUUGGGCUCUUCUUAUCUUGACGCAUCUCCUGUAUCUGGGCUAAUUAAGGGGCUUUGUCCAGGACUAACUCAUGGGCAGAAGUAUGGCACAUUCCAUAUCUGGCUUCAGUUGACACGCUUCAUAAAGAUAAUUCUGCAAAACGAAAGGAUACUGUGGUUG